AACAUUUACAUUUAGACUUUUGCACAUUUAACUAAAUGUGAUAAAACAUGUGUCAUUUAGUCAAAUGUGAGAAAACUAGUUAUAGGUGCUCCUUUUACAUUCGGCACCCCAUAGGAGCGGCGGGGUGGAGGAGUUCUCCAUGAUGGAUAACAAACACAGGAUGCUGCUGUGGCUGCUGCUGGCUGGAGCUCUGCUCCUCGGGCUUCACUUCCUGCUCCACAGGACGCUCCUGAGGCUGCCCCGCUGCACAAGCAACGUGCAGCUGCACGGGAGAACCGCCGUGGUCACCGAUGAGGAACCAGGACCCACUGCACCAGCACACCGUCCGAUACUGGGUCCAGGGGUUCUGUCACAUGCCACCAAAACCAAACCAGUCGAGCUGAAAAAUGGAUCCAACACUGGCAUUGGUAAGGCCACCGCCAAGGAGCUGGCCCAGAGGGGGGCCAGGGUGAUUCUGGCCUGCAGAGACCAACGACGAGCACAAGCUGCCGUCCAGGAAAUCACCAUGGAAACUGGGACCCAGCAGGUGAUCUUCAUGCAUCUGGACCUGGCCAGUCUGAAGUCUGUUCGCUGCUUUGCAGAAACCUUCCUCCGGACUGAGUCCAGACUGGACCUGCUGAUCAACAACGCAGGUUUGGCCAAAGACGGCAGAACAGAGGACAGUUUUGGGAUGAUCUUUGGCGUCAAUCAUCUGGGUCACUUCCUGCUCACAGUGCUGCUCCUGGACCGGCUCAAGGCCAGCGGGUCGGGUCGUGUGGUGACUGUGGCCUCCAAAGGCUACGAGUUGGGGAAGAUUGACUUUGAGUGUCUGACGACUCACAGAGACUUGGCUCAGGGCACCAGCGGCUUUCAGGUCUUCAUGAAGUACUGUGACAGCAAACUGUGCAACGUCCUGUUCACCUACGAACUCGCCAGGAGGCUGCAGGGCUCGGGCGUCUGCUGCUACAGCCUCCAUCCGGGAGCCAUAAAAACUGACAUUGGUCGUUACUCCAGCUUCUGGUGGCAGCUCGUCAUCAAGCCCGUUGUCUUCCUGUUCUUCGUCGACGCCGAGUCUGGAGCCCAGACCACGCUGCACUGUGCCCUGGAGCAAGGCAUGGAGCACCUCAGCGGCCACUACUUCAGCCAGUGUGCGCCGCUGCUGGACGUCCAGGCGAAGGCGAGAGACGCCGCCGUGGCCAAGAAGCUGUGGGAGCUGAGCGAGCGUUUCUGUGGCCUCAGCCCAUAAAGUAUCUGAGUCCAGUAGAACCUUUGGUUCAGUACCAGGCUGGGCUGGUUUUAUAUGUGCAGGCAGUGAGAUGAAGUUGAAGCUCCUCUGCACCAGUGUCACACAGUUCAUUUCAGCAGCUUUAGGUAAAGACGCUUAGGUAGCGCCGUCGGUUCUCUGUCUGGACCCACACCUCCCAUUACCGGGCUGGUUCUUUAUACGACUGAUCGGUACCCUUCGCUUAAACCUCACAACAUCCGUCAUGUCCUGAAUAAAGCGUGCUUCUCAUGUG